UCCGCUCUCUUUCGGGGGGUACCCGCACCCUCUUUCCCUGAGCUCCGCUGCUGCCUCUCACGGACCCCCUCGUUUUCUGCUCGCUCCCGGCCGCCGCCACCAACCCCGUGGAGGGAUGACCCUCUCCGGCGGCGGCAGCGCCAGCGAUAUGUCCGGCCAGACGGUGCUGACGGCCGAGGACGUGGACAUCGAUGUGGUGGGCGAGGGCGACGACGGGCUGGAUGAGAAAGACAGCGACGCGGGCUGCGAUAGCCCCGCGGGGCCGCCGGAGCUGCGCCUGGACGAGGCGGACGAGGGGCCACCGGCGACCGCGCAUCACGGCCAGUCCCAGCCGCCCCACCAACAAUCUCUGGCACUGCCCACCGAAGCGACCGCUGCCGGACCGGGGAACGACACCGGAGCGCCUGAGGCCGACGGCUGCAAGGGCGGCGAGGACGCGGUGACAGGCGGUGGUGGGCCCGGCGCGGGUGGCGGUACAGCGGGAGGUCUGACUCCGAGCAAGCCCAAGAACAGCCUGGUGAAGCCACCCUACUCCUACAUCGCGCUCAUCACCAUGGCCAUCCUGCAGAGCCCGCAGAAGAAGCUGACCCUGAGCGGCAUCUGCGAGUUCAUCAGCAACCGCUUCCCAUACUACCGGGAGAAGUUCCCCGCCUGGCAGAACAGCAUCCGCCACAACCUGUCGCUCAACGACUGCUUCGUCAAGAUCCCCCGCGAGCCGGGCAAUCCAGGCAAGGGUAACUACUGGACCCUGGACCCCCAGUCCGAGGACAUGUUCGACAACGGUAGCUUCCUGCGGCGCCGGAAGCGCUUCAAGCGCCACCAGCAGGAGCACCUGCGCGAGCAGACGGCGCUCAUGAUGCAGAGCUUCGGUGCCUACAGCCUGGCUGCGGCGGCGGGCGCAGGACCCUACGGCCGCCCCUACGGCCUGCACCCCGCGGCGGCGGCGGGCGCCUACUCGCAUCCCGCGGCAGCGGCGGCGGCGGCGGCCGCAGCGGCGCUUCAGUACCCGUACGCGCUGCCGCCGGUGGCGCCCGUGCUGCCGCCCGCCGUGCCCCUGCUGCCCUCGGGCGAGCUGGGCCGCAAAGCGGCCGCCUUCGGCUCGCAGCUCGGCCCGAGCCUCCAGUUGCAGCUCAACACCCUGGGCGCCGCCGCGGCAGCUGCGGGCACGGCGGGUGCGGGCACCACGUCGCUCAUCAAGUCCGAGCCCAGUGCGCGGCCGUCGUUCAGCAUUGAGAACAUCAUAGGCGCCGGACCCGCGGCGCCCGGGGGUUCAUCCGGGGGUGGCGGGAGCGCUGGCGGGGGUGGCGGGGGCAGCGGGGGAGGCGGCAGCACCCAGUCCUUCCUACGGCCGCCCGGGACUGUGCAGUCCGCGGCGCUCAUGGCCACGCACCAGCCCCUGUCGCUGAGCCGGACGACUGCCACCAUCGCGCCCAUCCUGAGCGUGCCGCUGUCUGGACAGUUCCUGCAGCCGGCAGCCUCAGCCGCAGCUGCUGCCGCCGCCGCCGUUCAAGCCAAGUGGCCCGCGCAAUAG